AUGGAGGUAGCGAGAUCAGCUCAGCAGUGGAGUUUUGAUACAGACCCAGCAGAACAUCUUUAUACACAAAUCGUUUUUAAAGACGGCGGAGAUUACUUCUUUUGUCAGUCUAAAGAGCGCCGACCUAAACUCGACACCGAAAGCAUCAAUGCCCUCAACCCCCAAAAGAUUCUCCGGGGGCACAUUUGGCCACUUCUUGAGGGGGGUCUUACCGUCUGCGACGACCCUACCAAUCCUGACAUCUAUAUCAAGAAACCCCGUCUUACUGCAUACGACAGCACUCCCGCUCUUGCUCAUUUGAUCCUUCAAGAGGCUCGCGUAUGCGAGAUUUUGAUGCAGAACUCCCAUCCAAACGUUGCUAGGUAUCUUGGAUGUUAUGUGCAAGAGGGCCGAAUUGCAGCCUUUGCUUUCAGCGCUAUGCUGAGACUGCUGAAGAAAGGAAGGCAAGAGGUUUGUUAA